AUGUUUGCCAUUCGUUUGAAAUAUCGACGAAAUCCAUUCAAACAAAUAUUAUCAAUUAUUUUAUUUAUUCUAUUUCAUUGGAAUCAUCGUAUUCAUAUUUAUCUAUUUUUUAUUACUUUAUUCACAACUAGUUUUAUAUCUUAUCGACAACCAUUUAGUCUUUUAUUUCAAGAAUCAUCAAGUGAAUCUGUGCGUAAUAAUUUAAUAAAUCAACAUAAAGAAGAACAAAAAAAUGCUUUUAAAUGGAUUGAAAAUAUAUUAAAACAUCCAGAAAAUCAUUCAAAUCUUAUUUCAAAACAAACUCAACAAUCAAUAUUUUACGAUUAUCUUGAAACAAAAACUAAUUUAUUAUCAUCAUAUACAUUACUUAAUAAGCCUAAACAAACAUUAUUAAAUAAACAUGAUCAUAUUAUAAUAUCAAUAUUAUAUAGUAAACAAGAUAGUGAUCAUCGAGAAGGAAAAUUUUAUAUAGGUCAAAUACUUUAUCAUUUACUUAAAAAUUAUCAUUCACGUUUUAUAAUAACAUUAUGUGAAAAUAAUAAUACAAAUGAUCAAAUAUCUGAUAGUAUUGAACUUAUUCGACGUUUAUUACCUGUUUUUAUAAUAAAUACUUUACCUGAAUCUAUAAUAAAUACAUAUGAACGAGAAAAACAAGCAUAUUUACAAUGUUUAUUAGCAAAUUUUCAGUCAUUUCCAAAUGCAAAUUAUCUUUUAUUAUUACAAGAUGAUGCUGAGCCAACAAAUAAAAAUUUUUAUAAUCAAUUAUUAUCAUUAAUUGAUUAUCGUAUUAAACAACAAUGGCCAUUAUAUGGUCAUAGAAAACAACCAGCUUUUAUUAAAAUUUAUCAUCCAAGAUGGUUAAUUAGUUAUUUUCAUCCAUCAUUUUAUAUUGUUAUACAAUUAAUUGCAACAAGUCUUUUUCUUACAUUAGUUUUUUUUAUUUGUUUUUAUUUCUAUGAAAUUAUUAUUCAAAAAAAAAAUAAUAUAAAUCAAACGCAAUUGAAAUCUUACUCUCGUUCAUCAUUAAAUAAUCAUAUAUACCUUUCUAAUCUAAUUAAAAAUAAUAUAAAAUUGUUUUAUUUUAUAUUUUAUUUUUUUCUUAUUACUCUAGUUCUUAUUCUACUUGACCAUUCUAAUGUUUCAUGGACAUGGCGUUCAUUACAUCCAUCAUUUUAUUCUAUUUAUCCAGCACCAUCAUGUUGUUUACCUGGUGUUAUCUAUUUUCGACAAACUUAUAUUCAAGUUAUUGAAUAUUUAAAUAGUAUUAAAUGCCAUAAAAACUAUGCAAUUGAUACAGCUUUUGAUGAUUUACCAAAACGUACACAUCUUCAAACAUAUCUUGUUGAACCUAAUUUAGUUCAUCAUAUUGGAUUAUAUUCAAGACUUCGAAAGAUGUAUAUUAAUCCAAAUUUAUUGGAUUAA